ACACCGGUCACAUCGGUCACACCGGCCGCGCCUGGGUGCAUGCACUGAUCAGCUAGUGAUUCGCAUUUGAGUUUGGCGCAAUGGGGAACUUUGAGUGGCCAUGGCAGUAUGAAUUUCCACCAUUUUUCUCAUUGCAACCAAAUUUGGAAACGAGGAAAAAGCAGCUACUAGCUUGGUGUGAUCUCUUUUUAGCAUUUCACAAACACCAUAGAAUAUACACAGUAGAUCUGAAGGAAGCAGCAAGCAGUGAAUUAUUUAACAAUACAAAGCUCAACAGGAAGUUGUCAGGAGAAGGAAUAUUGUUAGUCUUGGAAGAAUUAAGGCAGAAGGGAAACAUUGAAUGGACAGAUAAAGCCAAGACCAGAUGUCUGGUAAUGUGGAGGACACCUGAAGAAUGGGGAAACCUCAUUUAUAAAUGGGCCGGCAAUAGUGGAAUGACCAACACUGUAUGUACACUGUACGAGAUUGCACAGGGAGAAGACACCACAAAUGAAGAGUUCCAUGGACUAGAAGACUGGCUGCUGAAGAGAUCAUUGAAAUGUCUAGAAAGAGGAAGGAAGGCAGAACUAAUGGCCUUUGAUGGGAAUGAAGGAGUUAAAUUCUUCUGAACAUUGAUUUCUUAUAAAGCUAUGUGAAGUCACUCAUGAAUAGCUAGAAGGGCAUUAAUGCCAUUUAACUGUUUAUGAGUUAAUGCCCUUCUAGUUCUCAGCUGGAAAAAAAAUCUCAGUGGGCAUUUAUGGACUGGAAGUGAUGAUUUGCUUUAAGCCUAUCUACACUGGUUUGACCAGAAGGGAUUAGACCUCUCUGCGUGGUCACUGGCAGGUGGUUAUCUCAUCAACUCAGCUCUCAACUAACAUAAGAAAAGGGGACCAUGGAGGAUCAAUGGGUUGUCUGUAUAGAGGAAGCAAGUAGCUACAAGUAGUGUAGUCCUGCUUUAAAGACCUUAUCCUAUGAAAAUGCAACUUUAUAUCCAUAGAAAGCUGAAUGAACCUAGAAUACAAAUAUAAAGGAGUAACAAAUAUUUUCUCUUUCAGUGUUGCACUAAAGCAAAUAAAAGCCUUCAAAUUACAGGUUAAUAUGGGUUUGACGCAGUUACGGUGACGACAUAACACGUCCACCCGAUCGGCUCGCCUAUAUAGCUGAGGCCAUGAGCCAUGCUUAAUUAAUGCAAAGUCAUUGUGAAUAUGCAUACUCCACGAUGUCAUCAGGUCAAUGUUUUUUUUUUAUGGUGAACAACUUCUGAUUUUCCAAAGCUUCAGAUUUUUUUUAAAGGGCUGUCAUUGCUCUGACAAACCAUAAAAUAGCAUAUAACUGAUCUUAUUGUUAUCUUUGGCUUAUAAGCUUUCCAUUGAUAUGUAAUUCAUCUAUUGAUACUUUCCCUUGCACUCCAGCUCAAGAUAUAAUAUGCUUUAAUAGUAUUUAAUGCAUUAAGCAAGGAUGUUUUUGUUGUACAGUGUAUAUCUUUUUUGAAGGGGGGAGGGGGGGGGGGGGGUAGUAUUUUAAUUUUGGUCACCAAGCAAUUUGUCUUUUACAAAUCUCGUCAAAUCAAAUUAGUCUACACCCAGUUCAUCUAUCAUUCGUUUGGUGUAAUUUCUCAUGUUGUGUCGUGUAACUUCAGUUCAUCUCAUGCCCAUUGUGUGUGAUACUUAUUUUUCUAUCAUCUAUGUGGGGCCUUGACGGGAAAUGAAUUAUGUUGCUAGGAGACGAUCCAAGACAGUCAUUUGGGCUUCCUUGUCUUACCUGAAUAAUAUACAAACCAUAUAAAAGCGUUAGUAAAGAAAUAAUAGCCUUUUUGGUGAUCUGACUAAAUCAUACUUAGACCACUUGGUAAUUUGAUAAAGUAGUAAAACCACAUUGACAAAUUGGGUGUAGCCGAAUAUAUUUAGUAGGAAUAGGCAGUGCACAAUUUUUCAGAUAAUUUAUAUUCAGAAUAAAAAACAAGAGAUAGAAGAAGAAAAAACAGGAAAAUUCAUUUCACUUGUUGCAUUGCAUUACAAUUUUUUAUUUUUCUCUUUCUCGAAAGAAAAAGGGUUUAUCAAGGGAACAACACAAGUUGAAUCACAAACCUGUGAUUUGACCUUGCUUAUAUUUUAUACAUUUUAAAAAAGAAAGAAAAGAACGAUGGAAUGUAUAGCAGUAAAAUCAUGUGUUAGCAACUUGAAAAUGAAACCUGAAUUCUGAAUAGAAAUAUCCUUGCCUAUGAUAACCAGUGUGGAUUAAUAGUAUGCAGAUUCAUAUCUUAUAUUAAACAAGGAGACAAUUUAUUAUGAAAGUUGCGCAUUAGUUUUGUCGCUCAAAGGAACUUCCACUAUCUUACAAUUUGCAAUAUUGAAUGAAAAUUGGAAUAAUGAUUGAUGAUAAUAAAUAAUGAUGAUUUUUAUAUGGCACAUUUCAGGUACACUGUACAAGUAAGUGUUCAAAACAUUAAUUUUAUUUACCCAGCAUUGAACUUAGUUAAAAAUAUUCUCCUUGAUGUAUAAUGAAAAUUUUCCACUCCAUGAGAGUAUGCACAUUAAUUUAAUUGGUCUAAAGAACUUCUUUGCCACUGUGGUGUAUGUUCUGAAGAGUUUGUCAUGUAUUUUCAUGGACAAGGCAAAGCUCUGUGCGGUAGUGAGGUAAUACUUAAAGUAUGGCUCAUGCUUGCCAAGCAUAGCAAUAAGCACUAUUCUGUCACCUAAGGUGGAAAAAGUUUGCCAAACAUGCUAUACUAAUGGCUCAAGUUUGGAUAUUGAAUUAGCGCCAUCUCUUGUCUGUAUUUGACAAAUUUAGUAAUGGAGAAAGAAAGAUAACAAGUUUUUAUCCAGUAUUUCCACGGUAUUAGUGACUCUUGUAAGUUUAAGAGUGAUCAAUAGAUGGAAAAAGCGAUUUACAGUUUCCUUUUUCUUUGUUAUCUGUUCUAUUUUCCCCCAAAAAACAUAGUGACUGGAGCAGGUAAAAAUGGUUCUGAAAAUACUUGUAUUUUGGAGGGGAAAAGACUUUAUUUUUCUUCAUAUGUUGAAUGCGUUUUAUUAUUUUAUGUAAUAUAUAUGAAUAAAUGUACAUAUUCUUUUAGUAUGACUAAACAGCAA